GUAUGAGAGUUUAAAUCCGCUGCAUUGUGGGAGCGCUGAGAAACAUGGCGUCUGUCAUCCUUGUUCGGUGUGUCCGUGGAGCCCGCGCGGUCUACCACCCGGCGCUGUGCUUGAGGCAGGGUGGCGGAGGAGGAGUGCGUCCGGCAGCAGCAGCAGCAGCAACAACCUCCCUGCUCGCCCGCCGGGACUUCUGGCAGCAGCGCCUCGUACAGGCACCGGGAAACGCGCAGCAGUGCGUACAGUGGCGGCGAUUCAGUGACCUGCCCCCCUUGACGCCUGAAAGCAUCCAGGAACGAGUGUUCCACGUGCUCAAGCUCUACGACAAGAUCAACCCCGAGAAGCUUCAGGUGACGUCUCACUUCAUGAAAGAUCUGGGAUUGGACAGUCUGGACCAGGUGGAGAUUGUCAUGGCGAUGGAGGAUGAGUUUGGCUUUGAGAUCCCAGAUGUGGAGGCAGAGAAGCUGAUGUGUCCUCAGGACAUCGUGAAGUAUGUGGCAGAGAAGAAGGACAUCCUCUAAUGAGCCCUGUCCUGCAACAGAUCCCUCGCCCUCUGCAAGCUCACCUGGGAACUUGUGAUUGUUUAUUUUAUGUGAGUUACGUAUAAAACCCAUGUGGGUAAAUAAGUAAAUAAUUGUUUAUUUUAUGUGAGUUAAAUAUAAACCCAUGCAGGUAAAUAAGUAAAUAAUUGUUUAUUUUAUGCGAGUUAAAUAUAAACCCAUGCAGGUAAAUAAGUAAAUAAUUGUAUAAAUAAAUAAAUAAGGGAAGAGUUUGAUAAGUGUGUGUGUGUGUGGCUGCUCAUCUGGUUCUGAAGUGGACUAUCUGGGCCGCGUCGGCUCCCGUCUCCGUGGGGUUCUGAGCCCGCGGCGGACUGAGCUGAGCUGGGCUGCCUGUGAGAUCUGGGGGGUCUGACCGGUUCUGUUUGAGAGUUCUUGCAGAACCCGCCGGCUCCGUAGUGUUGGUCAGGAAGGGAAGCUGAAGGCUUCUGUCACCUACUGGAUUACAUUAAGUGAAAAUAAAUAAUGUUUGGAAUCCUU